AUGAACUCGCACAAACAGAAGCGCACCCGCUCCAAGCGCCUCAUUCGGCCCCACAGCACGUCCACCACCACACACCACUCUCCAGCUCUUCUUUCCCAAAUCACUACUCCAGCUUCUGCGUCACGGAUGCGCUUUGUCCGCCCCGCCACACACGCGGCGCCGCACGGCCGCGGCUGGUACGAGGCAAUCCCAGAGCGUCUGAAGGUGACAAUCGACGACUACUUCAGCGAGGCCACGCACUGCUACGACAAUGAGGGGAAGGAGUGCGCUCGCAUGACGUGCUUGAUUGCUCCGCACGCCGGUAUGAGCUACUCCGGCCGCACCGCCGCUGAGGCCUUCGCGGUUUUUCGUGAAUACCUCUACGCAAAAGGGUCCAAAGGCUGCGAACUGGAGCGCAUCUUUAUCCUUGGGCCGUCGCAUACAAAAGGCUUUGAAGGGUGCGAGCUCUCCGCCGCCAGUGCGUACGAGACGCCAUUUGGAUCGUUGAAGGUGGACACAGCUGCCGUGGAUCUUGUGAUAACGGAUUUGCGCAAGGCAGGCGUGGGGGCGGCCACGGCGUCUCGCCGCACGGACGAGGCGGAGCACUCGAUCGAGAUGGAGACUCCUUACCUCUCCCACAUUCUUCACUACCCGCCAACGACGACCGGCGCGCCGGCGCAGCCGGCAGCGGGGCGCGUCUCAAUCGUGCCCAUUAUCGUUGGCUGGACCACCAGGCAGGACGAAAAGGCCAUUUACGACGUGCUCAAGCCGUACAUGGACGAUGCUCGCAAUUUCUUCAUCUUCAGCUCUGAUUUCUGCCACUGGGGCGAGCGCUUCUCGUACACGUACCACUACAAGCGCUCCGAGUAUCCGCAUAUCGGCGACUCUAUCAUCGCCAUGGACCACGCCGCCAUGGAGCUGCUGGAGAAGCGCGACUUGGAGAAGUGGUAUGCCUACCUGCAGAUCACCAAGAACACAAUAUGCGGACGAGCGCCGAUUAGCAUUGGCAUGCAGCGCUGGGCAAAUGAGGUGAACAAGGCGCAGGUGAAGUUUGUGCACUACUCGCAGUCGAACAAGUGCAAGGACGCAGACGACUCAUCUGUGAGCUACGCCGCUGCCAUCAUUAUGGAGUAG